AUGGCUGGUUGUCUGCAAAGUUUUGAACUUUGUAAAAAGAGUGCAUUCUGGAGAUGCCUGCUUUUGGCUUUGUCUCUCAGCUUCUGCUGUGCCUCAGUAUAUGCAGGGCCUUUUGAUUCAGCUCACCUCUAUCACCACAGGCCUGGACCUAAUGAAGAUGAUAUAAUUGUUGCUAACAAUGGAAUCAGGGUGCCUUUUGGGCGUUCUGUGUUUCUGGACCCUGUGAAUGACCUGGUAACAGAAGUACAGCCUGGUGACCGCUGCCACAUUACAGUCCUGGACAAUGAUCCACUGGCCCAGAAGCCGGGGAUGCUGACCCCUAAAAGGUUUCCCUGUUUGUUUGGAAUGGAAGAAGUGAAAUACACACAUUUUGGAUCCAGGAGCCCCAGUAAGGAUCGUGUGAAGCUACAGCUUCGUUAUGACUCCCACACAGAUACAGUCAUUGUCCCCUUCAUGUUGGAAGUCGAGGUGGUUUUCCAACAGCUUGAGAUCCUCACCAGGAAUAUGCCCCUUAAUGUUGAAAAGCUCAAUGGAGAGAGCAAUCCUAUUGACAAAAAGGGUCUGGAGUUUUCCGUUGAGGAUGGUGUCACACAGUGUAAGAUCACCACUCUGGUCGGCGCAGGAGGUCUUCCCAGGUAUGGCACUCUUUUGAACAACCCUUCCAAUGGUCAGAUGACUGACUGUGAUGAGUUUGUGAAGCAGGGUAUUCGCUACAAGCAUACUGCUAAAACCAACUCACCAAAUAGAGACUAUAUUCCAAUGAUGGUAGAGCUACAGGAUAAUGAAGGCAGCACCAUAAUGCAAGAGCAUUUCCAAAUGAUGGUUAGAAUCAGAGAAGGUGCAGAGAACACUUCUCCCAAACCCAGCUUUGUAGCUAUGAUGAUGAUGGAGGUUGAUCAGUUUGUGAUGACAGCUAUUACAAGUGACAUGCUGGCAGCUGAAGAUGUUGAAUCUCACCCAGAUGACUUAAUCUUCAACAUUACUGCUCCACUUAACCCUCAGCAGGGUUAUAUCAUCAGCACAGAUGAUCAGAACCUGCCUAUCACCUCCUUCCAUCAGAGGGAUAUCAAAGAUCUUAAAAUAGCUUAUAAGCCACCCUCAGAGGACUCGGAAAAAGAGAGGAUUUUUCAGCUAGAGUUUGAAAUUGUAGAUACUGAUGGUGCGGUGUCUGAUCCAUUUGCUUUUAUGAUUGUGGUAAAGCCUAUGAAUACACUGGCUCCGGUUGCAACCAAAAAUACAGGUCAGCUAUUGUUUGAAGGGCAGUCCAGGGCGCUCUCCAGCUCUCAGAAUUUAGAAAUUAGUGAUGAGGAUAACCUGGAAGAUGUGAGAAUCACAGUUGUUGAUGGUUUAAAGCACGGAGACCUUACUGUGCUCGGCACACGCAGGAAAUUCUUCACACCCGCUGAUCUAGACACUGCCAUUGUUGUGUACCAGCAUGAUGGCAGCGACACCUAUAGCGACAACAUUAUUUUUAGAAUGACUGAUGGCAGUAAUGAAGUGGAAUUUUUGUUCCCCAUCACCAUUGCUCCUACUGAUGAUGAGCCCCCUAUUAUUAAUGCAAACACUGGCUUGGUGCUGUUCAAGAAUGAAAUUAUGCAGCUCUCUCCUUUCAUCCUAAGUGCAACAGACAUUGAUUCUGAAGACUCCACUAUUAAGUUUAUCAUGGAAGCACCAUACUCCACUGUAGGGCAACUCCUGCUUAGGCAAGCAGAGCUACCACCUGAGCCAUCUCUGUGGAAGUUCAGCGAGACAGAUGAGAUGUUUGAGCAGGUGGUGACUGAGUGGUUUCAGCAGGAUAUUCUUGAUGGAAAGCUUUUCUAUCGUCACAUCGGACCCCACAGCACCACCACUGUGACUGAUCACUUUGUAUUCCGGGUCCAGGAUGAUAACGACCCUCCCAAUCAAUCAGGCGAGCACACAUUCACGAUCAAAAUCCAUCCUGUUGAUGACCUUGCCCCAGAGCUUUUUCCAGGCACCACCCUUCACAUGACAGUCCAGGAAUAUGAGCUCACAUACUUCAGGAAGAAAUACUUGUGUUAUACUGAUCUAGAUUCAGAUGACAGAGAUCUGAAGUACACCAUCACUAAGCCCCCAACUGAUACAGAUGAGAACAAUCCAGCCCCUUUGGGUGAAAUUGUACUGACUGACAGCCCUGACACUGUAAUUACAGAGUUUACACAAGCCCAGGUUAAUCACCACAAAGUAGCUUAUAAGCCUCCAGACCAGGAACUGGGCAUCACUCCAAAAGUGUCUCAGUUCACAUUUAUUGUGGAAGACACAGCUGGUAACACAGCAAAUGGACUUUUCACCAUUUUCCUACAGCCAGUAGACAACAAACCUCCACUUAUAACCAACACAGGGUUCACUGUUUUGGAAAGAAGUACAUAUGUCAUUACCAGGAAGGAGCUGCACGCCACUGACACAGAUACAGAUGAUGACAAUAUCAUCUUCACAGUGACCCAGAUUCCCCAGUAUGGGCAGCUGCAGUAUUUAGGGAUUGAUAUGUCAAAUGGUGAAACAUUUGUGCUCGAAGACAUCACAAACGGUCGUCUAACUUACAUCCACGGAGGACACGAAUCUCUCACUGAUGUCAUCAAACUUUCUGUAAGUGAUGGUUUCCACGAGGUACCCAUUACCAUCAGGAUCACAGUCGAGCCAGUUGAUGAUGAAAUCCCAAUGAUUAUGCUCCCAUCCGGCCUGCUUGGAGCCUCCAUAGAUGUACUGGAAAAUGGAGCCACGGAGAUUACAAGUAACGUCAUUCAGGGCCGUGAUGAAGACACAGAUGACCUCAUGCUCACUUUUAUUGUUGAAGAGCCUCCAAGACUUGGUGAAAUACUGGUUAAUGGUGCUACUGCUGAGAGAUUUACCCAGGAGGACAUAAUUAAUGGGGUGGUUGUGUAUGCUCAUACAUCUGGUGAAAUAGGUCCGGUCAAAGAGCAUGACUCCUUCAAUCUUACUUUGUCUGAUAUGUCAGAGCAGUGGGUCAUUGGUGGCAAUAAGAUCCAAGGUGUGACAGUCCAUGUCACAAUCCUUCCUGUUGACAGCAUUCCACCUGUUGUCAGUGUUGGGGAGCAGUUUGUCGUAGUAGAAGGGGAGAAGAAUGUCAUUACUCUGAACCAUAUUAAAGCUGAAGAUGCUGACACCAUCAGUGAUGAUAUCUUGUGCACCAUUAUCGUCCAACCAACAUCUGGUUACGUGGAGAACAUCUCACCAGCUGCAGGCUCAGAGAAAUCAAGAGUUGGGAUGGCCAUCACUGCCUUUUCCAUUAAAGAUGUUGCCCUAGGCCAUAUCUACUAUGUCCAAAGCAUCCACAAAGGGGUUGAACCCGUGGAAGAUCGUUUCACAUUCCGCUGCUCAGAUGGUAUUAACUUCUCUGAACGCCACUUCUUCCCCAUAGUCAUCAUUCCAGCCAAUGAUGAGAAACCUGAGAUUUUCAUCCGUGAGUUUGUGGUAAUGGAGGGCAUGAGUCUGGUCAUUGACACACCUAUUCUGAAUGCAGCUGAUGCUGACAUCCCUGAGAAUGAACUGCACUUUGAGAUCAUCAUACCCCCCAAGCAUGGCACAAUAGUUCAGCAGCUCAGCACUGGCACCAUCCCUGUGGAGAAGUUCAACUUGGAACAGAUCAAAGAAGCAUCCAACAUUGUCUAUGAGCAUGAUGACUCUGAGACCAAAGAAGAUAGCUUUGAAAUCAGGCUAUCUGAUGGAAAACACAAAGUGGAAAAAACAGUUCCUAUUGUGGUUAUUCCAGUUGAUGAUGAGACACCAAGAAUGGCUAUCAACGAUGGCCUUGAUGUUGAGAUCGGAGAGACAAAAGUGAUUAGCAACAGGGUUUUAAAGGCAACAGAUCUCGACUCUGAAGACAAAGGAUUAACGUAUGUUGUGCGAUAUGGCCCUGGCCAGGGCUACCUUCAGCGUAUCAAUAAAUUUGGUGAUGUUUUAGGAAAUAUCACCCUGGGAAUGAAUUUCACACAGGAUGAAAUUGAUAAACAACUCAUUCAGUAUGUACACACAGGCCAAGAGGGAAUCCGUGACCUGCUGAAAUUUGACGUCACCGAUGGUAUAAAUCCACUCAUUGACCGUUACUUUUACAUCAGCAUUGGAAGCAUUGAUAUGGUUUAUCCAGAUGUUAUUAACAAAGGUGUGACUCUCAAAGAAGGUGGAAAAGUAACUCUCACCACUGACCUCCUCAGCACCUCUGACAUCAACAGUCCUGAUGAAUAUCUCAGUUUUAGCAUCACAAGAGCGCCUAGUAGAGGACACCUAGAGAGUACUGACCUCCCAGGUGUUCCCAUUUCCACCUUCACUCAACUGCAGCUUGCUGGCAACAAAAUCUACUACAUCCACACCUCUGAUGAUGAAAUCAAAAUGGACAGCUUUGAGUUUGAGGUGACAGAUGGUUACAAUCCUGUCUUCCGAACCUUCAGAGUGUCCAUCACCGAUGUGGAUAAUAAGAAACCCGUCUUAACUAUAAACAAGCUGGUUGUGGAGGAGGGAGAAUCCAAACUCAUCACACCUUUUGAACUUAGGGCUGAAGAUCGAGACACUCCAGACCACCUGCUGCGCUUUAUAAUCACCCAAGUGCCAGUUCACGGCCUGCUGCUUUUUAACAACACCCAACCAGUUACAACCUUUACCAAGCAGGACCUGAAUGAGAACCUCAUCAGCUAUAAACACGAUGGCACUGAGACCAGUGAAGACAGCUUCUCUUUCACUGUCACUGAUGGCACCCAUACCGAUUUUUUUAUUUUCCCUAAUACUGACUAUGAGACACGAAAGCCCCAAAUGAUGACCAUUCAUAUCAAUACAGUGGAUAAUGGUGUCCCCCAGAUUGUGGUGAAUAAGGCUGCUGCUUCACUGAAAGUCCUCCAAACUGGACACCUGGGCUUUGUGUUCACCAGCAAGGUCCUUCGUUCAGAGGACCGAGACAGUCCCCAGAAGGUCCUAAAGUACACUGUGUCUGAGGCUCCACUGCAUGGCUUUAUCAUGAAUACCGCUCUGGGCAAUGACAGCAUCAAGACAUUCACACAAGCUGAUAUCAAUGACAUGAAGAUCUGUUAUGUGCUGCUGGAUGGGAGCAACGCCACCAGUGAUAUCUUCUACUUCACAGUUGAAGACAAUGGUGGAAAUAAACUAAAGCCCCAGCCAUUCCGACUCAACUGGGCCUGGAUCUCUCUGGAGAGGGAAUACUAUUUGGUGGAUGAGGAUGCCAAAUUCCUGGAGGUGACGCUGAAACGCAGAGGCUACCUGGGAGAAACUUCUUUUGUCAGUAUUGCCACUAAGGACGGUACAGCAGAGAAGGACAAGGAUUUCCGUGGUAAAGCCCAGAAGCAGGUCCAGUUCAACCCAGGCCAGACCACAGCAACCUGGAAGGUGAAAAUCUUCACUGACCAGGAGUUUGAGACCUCAGAGACUUUUGAGGUACAGCUGUCAGACCCCGUCAUGGCAGUGCUGGAGUUUCCUGAUGCUGCAACAGUGGAGAUUGUGGACCCCGGGGAUGAAUCAACUGUCUACAUCCCUCAGUCAGAGUUCAAGAUAGAGGAGGAUAUUGGAGAGCUGUUAGUGCCAGUGCGACGUUCAGGAGAUGCCAGCCAGGAGCUCAUGGUAGUUUGUUACACUCAGCAAGGCACAGCCACUGGCACCAUACCCAGCACAGUCCUUUCCUACUCCGAUUACAUCACCCGAGCCGAGGACCACACCAGCGUGCUACGUUUCGAUAAGGAUGAACGCGAAAAAGCCUGCCGCAUCAUCAUCAUCGAUGACUCCCUUUACGAGGAAGAGGAGAGCUUUAAUGUCAGCCUCAGCAUGCCCAUGGGGGGCCAGGUGGGCGCCAACUUCCCAACUGCCAAAGUCACCAUUUUGGCAGACAGUGAUGAUGAGCCGUCGCUGUACUUUGGAGAGCCCGAGUAUGUCGUGGAUGAGAGUUCAGGCUAUGUUGAGGUAAAGGUUUGGAGGACGGGCACUGACCUGUCCAAAACCGCUACUGUGACUAUCCGCUCUAGGAAGAGCGACCCUGUUUCUGCAGAAGCUGGACUGGACUAUGUUGGCAUUAGUCGCAACCUGGACUUUGCUCCAGGGGUGACAAUGCAGACAUUUAGAGUGACCAUCCUGGAUGACUUGGGUCAGCCAGAGCUAGAGGGACCUGAGACCUUUGAUCUCGUGUUGCGGAUGCCCAUGAAUGCUGUGUUAGGAGAACCAAGCACGACAACCAUCACCAUCAACGAUACCAUCACUGACCUGCCUAAGGUCCAGUUUAAGGAAGGAAGCUACAAGGUGGAUGAGUCUGAUGGGGAGGUAAGAGCCACAGUGUACCGUAGCGGAGACAUCAGCCUCAGAUCCACCGUGCGUUGUUACACUCGCCAGGGCUCUGCUCAGGUCAUGAUGGACUAUAACGAAAGGCCCAAUACUGAUGAAUCAGUCAUUACUUUUCUGCCAGGUGAGACUGAGAAGCCAUGUGUGGUGAGCCUGAUGGACGACUCCAUUCAUGAGGACGAUGAGGAAUUCCGCUUGGUGCUGGGAACUCCCAAGAGCAAGUCUCCUUACGGAGCCUCUAUUGGGGAGCAGAAGGAAGCACUGGUCACCAUCACAGAUGAGAAAGACAAGCCCAUCAUCCGUUUCUCUGAGAUCAAGUACAGCGUGCGUGAACCCCAGGUGAAAGGCGAUGUGGCAAUAGUGAAGAUUCCAAUUCUGCGUUUUGGAGACACUUCGAAGGUUUCAGUAGUGAGGGUGCACACAAAGGAUGGGUCUGCAACCUCUGGAGAGGACUAUAACCCAAUGUCAGAAGAUGUGGAGUUCAAGGAAGGCGAGAAGGAACACUUUGUGGAGAUUGAGAUCUUGUAUGACGGUCAGAGAGAGAUGAGAGAGGCCUUCACUGUGCACAUGAAGCCCGAUGACAACAUGGUGGCUGAAAUACAGAUGAACAAGGCCAUUGUGUACAUUGAGGAGAUGGACAGUGUGGCAGAUGUUACCUUCCCUGCCAUCCCCCAAGUGGUUUCCCUUCUCAUGUACGAUGACACGUCUAAAACCAAAGACAAGCCCCACCCACCCAAUGGAUACCCUGUUGUUUGUGUGACAGCCUGCAACCCUAAGCACCAUGACUUUGAUAAAACGGGUUCCAUCUGUGCCGCGGAGAACAUCAAUGACACUCUCACUCACUACCGCUGGCUCAUCAGCGCUCCCACCGGAUCAGAUGGAGUAACCAGCCCCAUGAGGGAGGUGGACACUAACACUUUCUUCACCAACACCAAGUCCAUCACUUUGGAUUCAAUCUACUUCCAAGCCGGCUCCAGGGUUCAGUGUGCAGCGAGAGCUUUCAAUGCCAACGGAGAUGCCGGCCUGGAGCUCUCCAGUUCCAUUGUUGUGAUCAGCAAAGAGGAGGGUAUGUGUCAGCCUCGUAUCCCGGAUACCGUUGGGGCUGAACCUUUCUCUGCAAAGAUUCGCUACACAGGCCCACAUGAUCCAGACUUCCCCAACCUCAUCAAACUGACAAUCAACAUGCCUCACAUGGACGGCAUGCUCCCAGUGAUCUCCACAAGGCCUCUGUCCAACUUUGAGCUUACCCUGAGCCCAGAUGGCACACGUGUAGGCAACCAUCGCUGCUCCAAUUUGUUGGACUUCAAUGAGAUUCAAACUGGCUACGGCUUCAUCACAGACGCAACAAAGAACCCUGAAAUAAUUGGGGAGACAUCGCCCUACCAAUACAGUGCAGUCAUGCGUUCAGCCAACUCUCUGCGCUUUUACAGGAAUCUCAACUUAGAGGCCUGCCUCUGGGAGUUCACCAGCUACUACGACAUGUCAGAGCUGCUGAAUGACUGUGGAGGAUCUAUCGGCACCGAUGGACAGGUACUGAACCUGGUCCAGUCCUACGUCACCCUGCGCGUUCCUCUGUUUGUGUCUUACGUCUUCCACUCUCCGGUGGCUGUCGGAGGCUGGCAGCACUUUGACCUGCAGUCAGAGCUCAAGCUUACCUUUGUGUACGACACAGCUAUUCUGUGGCAGGACGGCAUUGGCAGCCCACCUGAAGCUGAACUACAAGGAGCCAUGUACCCCACCAGUAUGCGUAUAAAUGAGGAGGGCCGUCUCGUGGUCAACUUCAAGACCGAGGCGCGCUUCAGGGGGCAAUUUGUCAUGUCUCAUCCAGGAACCAGCGUGUCAUCUAUGGUGAUAUGUGCGGACCACCCCGGGCUGACGUUCACUCUGGCCCUGGUCAGGACUGAGCCUACGUACAACCAGCCCAUGCAGCAGUGGAGUUUUGUCUCAGAUUUUGCUGUGCGAGACUACUCUGGGACUUAUACUGUGAAGCUGACCCCCUGCAUUGCAUCACCCAAUGGGGAGUUCAGCGUCCCUCCUGUCUGCCACCCAAGGGAGCCACUUACUUUUGACAUGGACAUUCGCUUCCAGCAGGUGAGUGACCCAGUGGCAGCUGAGUUCAGCCUCAACACCCAAAUGUUCCUGCUGUCAAAGAAAGAGUUAUGGCUGUCCGACGGCUCCAUGGGAUUUGGAGAAGGAACUGAUGCUGCUUUUUCAGAAGGCUCCAUGAUUUACGGCCGUGUGAUGGUGGAUCCAGUCCAAAACCUGGGUGACUCUUUCUCCUGCAGCAUCGAGAAAGUCUUCCUCUGCACUGGAACAGACGGCUACGUUCCCAAAUACAACCCCACUAACAGAGAGUAUGGCUGCCUGGCAGAUGCACCCUCUCUGCUGUACAGAUUCAAGAUCCUGGACAAAGCCCAGCCAGAGACUCAAGCUACAUCAUUUGGUGAUGUUUCUUUUAAGGCCACACUGGCUCAGGACACACCCGGAGCUCUGCCUUUGAUCAAACAGCCAGGCUCAGACGGCUUUACACUCUCUUCCUCUCCACUUUUCCAGGUGGCUGCUGGUCGCGAGUGGUUCAUCCACACUAUCUACACCGUCCGCUCCAGAGAAAAUGCCAACCGCAACAUUGGCAAACGUAGUGUGGAGCACCUCCAUCACAGUGUCUCCUCUGUUAAGCAGCCCCACACCUCCAACGUGGCCACCCACCACCGCCACCGCCGCGCCGCCCUCGCUUUCUCCGGUCCUGCUCUAGCCCAGGACAUCGGUAUCGAAAACAAUCGGGGUACCAACAUCCAGCACAUUGCUUUGGACCGAAGAGACCGUAUCGUAGUCAGCCAGCGCCAGCCUUGGCUCCCUAACGGUGACAACUUCCUAGAGCGCCCCCUGCUGGAGAGCUCAGGCAGAGAGCCGACUGACACCUCCACCAUACCCUUGCUGGUGGGCGUCGCAGGUCUGAUCCUCCUCAUCUGCCUCAUCGCCACCAUCGUCAUUCUGCUGCUGAGGCGCAAGAAGCGUGAAAAGAAGAGUCAGUUCCCUCCUUACACCACCUCCUCUUCUUCGGCCUACAGCGGCUACAGUCACAGCCCAGCAGGCAUGUGGGGCGGUUCAGACAGCUCGGAGGUCUAAAUGUGGGCCCAGCUUCAAUUAAAACAUCUGUCCCCUAUUAAAAGGACUAUAAUAGUCCCCUCCACCACUGUGCCUUUGAUGCCAAACUUGUGUAGCACUGAAAAGAGCCCAGUACAACCUGUGGACAGCAAAAGAUGUCAGUACUCGGGUCCACGGGCAGGGAAUGCACCUGAAUUAUGAGGCUUACUGAUCUCUGAUAAUGGUUAGUCUUUAAUUUACUGUAAAUUUAGCCUUUAUCACAGCCUAUGCAGGAUCAUGGAUAUAUGGAGAAGCCCCUCACAAUACAUAUCAGUUUCAUUAGGUGCCAAGUUGUAAAAUAUUGCUCUUUAUCCAGUGUUUGCAAAUGCAUGUAAUGUAGUAGCGCAUGAGUGAAUGGCAACCUUGUUUAAAUUUCAUAAAAGCAAAUAAUUUUCUAUUUACAAAGUUUUUUCAUGAAUUAUUGUAUUUCACCAUGUUCAUUAUUUUGUUUAGUGAAGAUUAGAGCAAACUGGACUGAAUGUUAGUUGAAACUGACCUUAAUGAAUGAUAACGUGAUUUUUUUUUUUUUCCUUCUUUAAAGAUCCUGCCAUGUACCUGUCUACUACUGAUAAAAGUACCACUGUGGUACCAUUGAAAGGGAUUGUAAAUGUUAUUUUAGUCUUUUGAAAAUGCAGAAAUCCAUUUUUUUACUUUUGUUUUUAGAUAAAUGUGGCUGAAAUCAGAUGCACAACUAUCUGUGUACAUAUCAGGUGUAGGACUAUUGGGGAAAAAAAAAAAAAAAGAAAGUACUACACCCUGGUGAAACAAAUGCAG